CCACGCUUUCAGCAAUGUAGGUUGGGAAUUAGUCCAGCUGUAAAUUGGGGUUUUUACUAACGAGGUUGUAUUUACUUGCCGGCUUCUCCAAUACGACGACAUAAUAUAGCCUUAAACGUCGUAUAUUUUCUCCGCUCGCCAACGAGGUACCGUAUUUUUCGUAAUGUUAUGCUAUGGGAAGAUUACCUAGGUAAGGCAGGUUUACCUAGGAACUCCUAAUAGCACCGAAUAUGCUUGUAGCUGCGCAACGUUACUUUAUUCUACUCCUUCGAAAAGAAGGCAGUACUAGCUAUUAGCAACGAUGCUGUUAGUCAAGUAAAACUGGUUCAAUCUCAUGUCCCUUUGACGAUUGAUUAAGCGCCAAUCUAGGGGAUUAAAGGUACAUUCCCAUGGCCUAUUAACUAAAUGAUUUGAUAAUACAACCAACACCUUGCUCUUCUAUCCCAAGAUAUUCGAUAUCAUGGACGGUCUUUGGGGCCUUAUUAUCGGAGUUUGGCUUCUCUAUAGCCAUUCUUUCCUCAUUUCAGCUCAAUCGCUACAGUCCCAGGCAAUUUUGACAACUCGAGGGAACAGCACUGCACUUCAAAAUAUUGUGGAAUGGGACGAAUACUCUAUAUACGUCCGCGGAGAACGCGUAAUGUUUCUCUCAGGAGAAGUUCAUCCUUUUCGCCUGCCAUCCCCUGGACUUUGGCUGGACGUAUUUCAGAAAGUCAAGGCGAUGGGCUUCACAGGAGUCUCAUUCUACGUUAUGUGGGGCCUGAUUGAGGGCGAACCGGGCCAUAUCCGAGCUGAAGGCGUGUUUGCUCUUGAAGAAUUCUUUCAGGCGGCAUCCGAAGCUGGUAUCUACUUGUUAGCACGACCCGGCCCAUACAUAAACGCCGAAGUAUCUGGGGGUGGGUUUCCCGGAUGGAUCGCGCGUAGCCAGGGUGAAAUACGAUCGGACGACCCAGAUUUCGAGAAUGCAACAAAAACCUACCUCUCGUCAAUCGGAAGUAUCAUCAGCAAAGCUCAAAUUACCAACGGCGGGCCAGUGAUUCUUGUCCAGCCUGAAAACGAGUAUAGUUUCUGUACCGAUUAUACUUCCCCUGGCGGUAUAAAUGCAUGCCUUCAUAAAGGUUACAUGGCUUGGGUCGAGGACGAGCUCCGGAACGCUGGGAUCGUAGUACCCUUUCUGAGCAAUGAUGCCGUGCCAUUGGGGAGUUUUGCUCCUGGAUCUGGCACGGGCGCAGUUGAUAUCUAUGGCCUCGAUGACUAUCCAUUCCUAUGGGGAGGUAGCUGCGCAAACCCCUCAAAUUGGUCUCGUGGGCAAUUCCCCUUGAGCAUGUUCAACUACACGACACAUCUAGCUUUUAGCCCGGAAACGCCAUUCGCAGUUACUGAAUAUCAAGGUGGAGCGCCGGAUCCAUGGGGUGGUGUAGGAUCAGAGCAGUGUUCAGCUCUUAUCAAUAACGAAUUCGCACGAGUCUUCAACAAAGUUCUUUAUAGUAUGAGAGUUUCCUUAUUGAAUUUCUAUAUGAUAUUUGGUGGUACAAACUGGGGAAAUCUUGGCCACCCGGAUGGUUAUACUUCCUACGAUGUGGGUGCAGCUAUUAAGGAGAACCGGCAAUUGACCCGUGAGAAAUAUAGCGAACUGAAACUUCAAGGCAAUUUUUUCCGCGUUUCUCCUUCAUACUUGACGACCGUACCGGAGGAUGGAAGCUUUGCCGUUUACACGAACACAAGCGAAUUGGUCGUGACACUUCUGAAUGGACCAGGUACUAAAUAUUAUGUGAUACGUCAGACCAAUUAUACCUCUCUGGGCAUGAUACAAUAUAACCUAACAGUGAACACAAGCUCGGGGAAUAUAACCAUCCCUCAGCUUGGCGGGGCACUCAGUUUGCAUGGUCGGGAUUCCAAGAUCGCCGUGUCAGAUUAUCCUGUUGGUGAGGUUAACCUGGUGUAUUCCUCAGCCGAGAUACUCUCUUGGAAAAAGUACCAAACGAGAACUAUCCUAAUCCUAUAUGGAGGCGCUGAGGAAAAUCACGAGUUCGCAGUCCCCGCCACUUUGGGAUGCCCAACCUCUAGUGAAGGAGUCAGCUUCAGAUGCGAGCUUAUUCAAGAGCUCGUGGUGGUUCAAUGGGACGUUGAAGACUCCAGCCAGAUUUUGUAUUUCUCUGGCGGUUUUGAAAUACACCUUCUAUGGAGGAACGAGGCUUACAAUUACUGGAUCUUGGACCUUCCUGCACCUGAUCCGAUAGGGCUCUACCCUGCCCCCGUCCGCAAUGACUCCGUGGACUCUUCCGUAAUUGUUAAGGGCGGCUAUCUCAUGCGAAAUGCUUCAAUAUUGGACGAUUCUUUAUAUCUGGUUGGGGAUAUCAACACGACUACGACAAUCGAGGUCAUUGCUUCACCUAUCACACCUAAAAGAAUUUUGUUCAAUGGCGAAGAAAUCCAGAUAACACAAUUGAACCACUCUCGAAUCACUGGGAUAAUCGACUAUGUGCCGCCGACUAUCGAACUACCAGAUCUAACAAAACUAGAGUGGCGGUAUAUUGACUCUCUUCCGGAGCUAGGCCCGGGUUUUGAUGAUUAUGGCUGGAGUGCAUGUGUAUCACCGACCACAAAUAAUACGCGAAACUUAACCACGCCAUUUUCGCUAUACGCUAGUGAUUAUGGAUAUCAUUCUGGAUCUCUAUUAUAUCGUGGUCAGUUUAUAACCACCGGUAAUGAAUCGGCCUUCUUCCUAGGGUCGCAAGGAGGCAGCGGUUUCGCCCACUCAGUUUGGCUUGACUCCACAUUCCUAGGUUCUUGGACUGGGGGUCCUUCUUCGUCCUAUAACCAAACCUUUCCAUUUCCCUCUAAAUUUGAAAUGGGUGAGAGGCAUGUACUAAAUGUAUUGAUCGACCAUAUGGGGCUACAUGAGAACUUCGAGGCGGAUGGCCAGGGGAUGCGUGAGCCUAGAGGGAUACUCUACUACGGCUUGGUCGGACAGCCUGAUCCCCUGGUACUUUCUUGGAUCGUGACUGGAAACGUUGGGGGAGAACAGUACAUUGACCACAGCAGAGGCCCUUUGAACGAGGGUGGUAUAUGGGCGGAGCGAAAAGGAUAUCAUCUCCCCGGAGCUCCAACGAGUAAAUGGGAAAAGCGUUCUCCUAGUCAGGGCUUGACUUCUCCCGGGGUCGGAUUCUUCAGCACGGAAUUCGAUCUCCAAAUCCCACUAGGAUAUGAUGUUCCCAUCAGUUUGAGAAUUGGAAAUAGUUCGUACUUAAACGCGACUCAGAAUUUCCGGGUCCAGAUUUUUAUCAAUGGUUGGCAAUUUGGAAAAUAUGUCAACAACUUGGGACCUCAAAAUCGCUUCGUACUCCCAGAGGGGAUUCUUAAUUAUAACGGUACCAACUACCUUGCACUCACCCUCUGGUCCCUGGACCCAUCAGGAGACACUGUCGAGGAUCUCGCUCUCGAAGUCGACGGAAUAAUUCAGAGUGGCUAUAGAAAACCGUAUUUAGUAGAGGGCAGCUCUUAUUCUGAAAGGGGAUUUGGGUGAUCUUUAUUCGUGGUCACGGUUACUGAAGAUGAUAAUAACAAUUGCCCAUGCGUGUAAGCCCUAGGAAAAUAGCUAGACAGUUAUAUAAAGCCGAGCAAUUAAGUGUCUUCAAAUGAAA